ACAUGACUCGCGGAACAACAUGGCUGCGCCCGCGCGAGGGCCCGCUCUCGGCUGCUGCACCGGGCUGCCUCGCGUCCUCUGGCUGCUGGUGCUGGCGUUCGGGGCGGCAGAGAGCGAAGAGGCCGGGGCUGGGGAAGGCACGCCGUCCCUCGCGGGCUCGUGCGGAUGCGGAUCGCCCCAGCGGCCCGGGGCCCACGGCAGCCCAGCGGCCGCGCAGCUCUACUCCCGGGAGUCGAACGCCCCGGGCCUGGCCUCGGGCCCGCGACCGCUCGCACUCACCAAGAUGGUCCCCAUCCCUGCUGGAGUAUUUACAAUGGGCACCGAUGAUCCUCAGAUCAAGCAGGAUGGAGAAGCCCCUGCCAGGAGAGUCACUGUUGAUGCCUUUUACAUGGAUGCCUAUGAAGUCAGCAAUGCUGAUUUUGAGAAGUUCGUGAACUCAACUGGCUAUUUGACAGAGGCAGAGAAGUUUGGUGACUCCUUUGUCUUUGAAGGCAUGUUGAGUGAGCAAGUGAAGGCGCACAUCCACCAGGCAGUUGCAGCUGCUCCAUGGUGGUUACCUGUCAAAGGCGCUAACUGGAGGCACCCAGAGGGCCCAGACUCCAGUAUUCUGCACAGGCCAAAUCACCCGGUUCUCCAUGUCUCCUGGAAUGACGCCAUUGCCUACUGCACGUGGGCAGGGAAGAGGUUGCCCACGGAGGCAGAGUGGGAGUACAGCUGUAGAGGAGGCCUGCACAACAGGCUUUUCCCCUGGGGCAACAAGCUGAAGCCCAAAGGCCAGCACUAUGCCAACAUUUGGCAGGGUGAGUUUCCUGUGACCAACACCGGGGAGGAUGGCUUCCAAGGAACUGCGCCUGUUGAUGCCUUUCCUCCCAAUGGCUAUGGCUUGUACAACAUAGUGGGGAACGCGUGGGAGUGGACCUCAGACUGGUGGACCGUUCACCAUUCUGUUGAGGAAACACUCAACCCAGUGAGUAUCUUGUCGAGUGGGCUUGUACCUUGAUGGGGUGACACCUGC